AUGGCAUCUGCGAGCGAACAAAAGAGGCCAGGUGGCAUUUCAAAGCCCGAAGACGACGUCAAGACAUCAUUUGCUUCCUGCUGUCUUGCACCCGGGAUCAUCCGCUGUCUCUACCACAUACACUGGUUCCCUCUUAUUAUGACGCCCAAAUCGCUAGUUACAAAGGCAGAGGGCCCGCCGCGCUCCGCUUACCUUUUCUUUCCCCGGCGCCGGUAA